GCCUAGGUAGCUUCUUCGUUUCGUGGCCCGAUACAUCGAGAACGAGAGAGAAGGCCAUCACUAAAUUAUUUUCCAGGAUCAUACCCAGCCAAAUCUGUGAUGACUUGUGAAAGGGUGUCAUGGUCAGUGGCGUCUUGAUGACUGAUUAGGCCAACCGAUGAACGUGGGUGUGUGUUGCUUCCAAGUGUAAUACCAUUUGACCCGAUGAAGGCAUUGACCCCAGCCAUUUCAUCAUAAAGGAAGGAAGGAGAAUUAAUGCCAGAUCAACUAUCCAUCCGUUAGCAGCCAGCCAAUUGAGGGAAGCAAUUGCAGAUUUCAAAGGUUACAGCCAUCGCUUUGCUAAUGUUGAUUCACCAUCAUGUGUUGCCUAAUCUACUAUGCUGCAGCCAUUCUUGUCUUUGCCAUCAUAGCCAGACUGAUUGAAAGGCAUCUAAGGAAACCUUAUGUGGACAAACUAACAGAAAGAUAUGUUCUUAUAACCGGUUGUGAUAGUGGCUUUGGCAAGCUUCUUGUGAAGCAGUUGGACGUCAAAGGUGUCCACGUCUUUGCUGCAUGCCUGAACGCUAAAGGAGCGGAAGAGAUCGACAAAGAGACGUCUGAACGCACGAAGGCACUGGUUCUAGACGUUACAAAACAUGAUCAUAUAGAAGCAGCAUUGGAAGAAGUUAAAAGAUCCUUACCCAGCAAUACAGGUCUUUGGGGUUUAGUAAACAAUGCAGGUAUAUCAGUAGCAUGUGGUCUUCAAGAGUGGCACACGAGAGAGGACUAUCAGAGAGUUCUUGAUGUGAACAUUCUGGGACUGAUGGACAUGACAGUGACAUUCUUACCACUGAUCAGGAAAGCUAAAGGAAGGAUUGUCAAUGUGGCUAGUAUGGAAGGAAGGUUUGCUCUACCUAGUGGUGCCUAUGCAGUCUCUAAGUUUGGUGUGGAGGCAUUCUCAGAUUCAGUCAGGAGAGAAGCCAAAAUGUUUCACUAUGGCAUCAACGUAGCUAUUAUAGAACCAGGAUUCUUCAGGACUCUGAUAUCGAGUAAAAACAACUUCACAAAUAAUCUAGACAAGGCCUGGGAAAGACUCAAACCUGAGAGAAAAGAAGAAUACAUCGAAGAGGGCUUCCAAAUGUUACGUCAAAACGUAUGUAACAUGCUUGAUAAUCGGACUUCAACAAAACUCCACCUGGUGAGUGACGCAAUGGAGCACGCCCUCUUUAGUCAGUGGCCGAAGACGAGAUAUGGAGUCGGCUGGGAUGCUAAAUACAUCUGGAUACCACUUUCUUAUGUACCAAACUUCAUCAGUGACUAUCUGAUUAGUAUGGGUGGAUUUCCUAUCAUUAAGAAGAAUUGAUGACAUGUUGAACAAGGGAGUGUCCUGUAAAGAAGCAUUCUGUCAGGGAUUUUUACUUGCAGAAAUUCUCUUAGCCAAUCAGAUGCAAGGAGUUCAAUAGCUUGUAACAAGUCGUCAGUGAAAAAUCACUGGUUGUUUGUUUCAUGAACCAGUCUUCACAAGAGGGUGCUUUGAAUGGAGCUGUCUUCUGCAGUCAUCGUGUGUGGACUCUACAUUCUUCCCCUAUAAACACAACAGUAACGUCACAGUGAGAGAGACAUCGUAAGCAUUCACUCAAUCAAGGUGCACUGUAAAACUGCUGCAUGCUACAAUUUUUCAACAAGCUGUUUAGAUUGACUUUCCUGCCGUGUAGGAGAGCUGCUGUAGGCAAACCAUGAAAGGGUUUUGUCUACCUAUCCAAGUUUUCCAGUUUUGCACAUUUUGGAUGUAUAGUCUUUACUUCCAGUGGCAUAGCUCUAAAGUGAGAAGGCUUGUUAUAUGAUUUUGUUUUACAGUAUUUCAAUUUCCAAAUGUUCGUGAACUAUCAUUUUGAUGAAUAUGUUUUACUAAUUCCUCUAAAUCUGUCUGAGUACAAGAUUUGAAGCUUUUAAAGAAUAAAAGAAUUGUAAGUCACUUUGGUAUUUCCCAGGGAAAACUCAUGAUAUCUUGCAUUUUGUUCAUAUAAUACUAAUUCAGACUUGCAGAAGAGUAUGUUCUAUUCAUGACAUGUUGUGCUAUCACCAGUGAAUUAGAUGAUGUACAAUAUAGAACAAGAAAAUAAGCAGAUACAACAAACAGUUUGUCCUAGUUCUUAGUUCAGAAAAGAUGAAUUUACCCCUAAAAAAUACCUAGAAAUUUAAAAUGUAUUUUCCAAAAAAGCAGCUCCCUGCACAGAGCUGCCAAGUAGUACUGAUUUUCAGUAUUUAGUACUGAAAAGUGAGAAGAAUACUGAUAGUUUCAUGUAAAAUACUGAUUUCUAAAGUUUCAGUUGUAUGUGUGGUCCUUUGGUAUUUUUUGAAAAUACUGAUUUCCUCACCGAAAUACUGAUUUUCAGCUUCAAAAAUACUGAAAUGUUCCUUUUCUUGUUGGCAGCUCUGCCUGCAUACUAUUUGUUGAAAUGCCCCACUGAACGUAGCAA